AUGUCUACACCAAAUUCUCUAGUCCUCGAGCCCGUGACGAUCGAAGACCUCCCAGCCAUCACAGAGCUAUGGUUUACCGUCUUCAACGACCCUGGCAUGACGCACCUCAUGCCCAACACACCAGGGAUACGCGAAUGGUUCACCCAAGCCAACCGCACGGACAUGCUCACCAAGCCGUACCAAAAAUACCUUAAAGUCGUCGACCCAAAUACCAAAGAUGCUCAAGGUCGCUCGCGGAUAGCCGCGUACGCGAAGUGGGAUCUGGCCAUGCCUGACGAGCGCGGGCCUCGGUUCCCGCCUUGGCACGGCGACAUGCCUCAAACGGAUUGCGAGAAAUUCUUCGGGUCGCUGGAAAGUGAGCGUAAGCGGGUGAUGGGGGAUCGGAAGCAUUAUUACCUUGAUAUGCUCGGUACGCAUCCUGACUACCGCUGCCGUGGUGCAGGCUCUAUGCUUGUUCGCUGGGGCUGUGACAUUGCGGACCGGGAGGGUGUUGGAGCGUAUAUCGAUGCCAGUGAGGCGGGUGUCCCCCUGUAUACGAAAUAUGGGUUUGUGGAUCGCCGUGACCCCGCGCGGACAAGUGAGGUGACCCCAAUGGCUCGAGUCUAG